GUCAGUCCAGAGAGAGCUCCCUUUCUUGCUUUCUUAGUGAUACUACAAGUGUCACCGUUACGGUAGAUGUCUACAUUCAUGACGUAGAUUUUUAUUCCUCGAACAGCUUUAAAAUUGAACCGUAGGACCAUUUUCUCAGCAAAGUGAAUCGACGUUUAAAUGUGUUUAAAUGGCUAGGUUCAAAUCUGCUGUUGAAGGAACUUAAAACAAAAUUUGAGAUGAAACAUCGGCCUGGCCAAAAAAAAAGGGAAUAACAGCAAAAACAGGUACCCAAGCUGGCUAAAGAUACAACGGAAAGAAAGCAUCAGUCUCAACAAGGUGUUUAAUUUUAUGCAUAGACCAACACAAGCAUUUGGGGAGGCUUAUAUUGGAAGGAACAAGACCUCAAGCCAGACUCCUGGAUGUAUCAAGACCAGGAGGGGCUUUUUCAAACUGUUCAGUGGCGACGUCUUAAAUAUUAUUAUUUAUUAUUAUUUUUAUUUUUUUUAAAGAACCACCACAUUAUUUGAUUUCAAAUCACUGAAACUUAAUUUAUGAGCUGAAGAAUUAAAAAAAAAAAAAAAACUUUCAGGAUAAAAAAAAAAAAAUUGGGUCUCAGUAUGCCAAUCGUUUAAUGAAAACAAAAGACUAAACCUGGUUCUAGAUUUAGCCUGGCACCGCUGCAGACAUUUGAAUAAGAGCCUUUUAAAUCUGAAAGACUUGGUCGUGGGUGAAUAUCAGUCCCAAGUUAUCUCAUUAUUUGGCUCAUGGUGGAGGAAUAACAGCAGAUAAAAAAAAACUAAGUUGGAGCAAAAUGACUUUCAAUCAGACCUGUUUGUUCGGGCAGAUAGACGAUCUGCACGACCUCGCACUCAUUGAAAGACCUGUACGACGAAGUCUGACGACUGCAGAAGAGAUAGAAAAACUGACUGUGGAUGAAGGCCUUAAUGAUAUUGAAAGAGCUGUUUAUCUUCUCAGCUCAGGUCAAGAUGUACAGAGAGCAAGUGUGGUUGUGAAUCUGCCCAACCUGGUUCGACAGAACCCAGCAGAGACAUUUCGAAGGGUGGUGCCAAAAGUCAGAGAGGUUUUACAUGUUGCAGGGGUGGAGAUGCAAUUAGCAGCUGCUACCUCCUUUCUAACCAUCCUGCAAGAUGAGCUCAUAUUGAUCCAAACUCACACCCACUCAAUUUUGCAGAUUAUACUGCUAAACCUAUAUCACAGGGAUGCAGCAGUGGUCAGCACUGCAUGGCUAGAAACCCUAUUAUCAGCAAUUGAUGUGUUGCCAAAGGAAACCAUUAGGCAAGAGAUCUUGAACCCUCUGGUACCAAAAGCACAGCUUUCUCAGUCGCUUCAGUCUCGUUUGGCCAGCUGCAGAGUACUUGGAAAAGUUGCUGGGAAAUUUGAAUCUCAUAUAGUGAAAAAAGAUGUACUUCCUCUAGUCAGGUCCCUUUGUCAAGAUGUAGAAUAUGAAGUCCGUUCCUGCAUGUGUCGGCAGCUGGAGUGCAUAGCUAAGGGAAUAGGGGCUGAACACACUAAGGCAGUGAUCCUACCUGAGUUAGUAGAGUUAGCUAGAGAUGAAGGCAGCAGUGUGCGACUAGCUGCAUUUGACACAAUAGUUAAUCUUUUGGAAAUGUUUGACAAUGAUGACAGGACUUGCAUUGUAUUUCCAUUAGUGAAGACAUUCUGUGAAAAAUGUUUCAAAGCAGAUGAAGCUGUGCUGGCUUCUCUAACCUUUCAGUAUGGAAAGGUCUGUCACGGCCUCUCAGGGACUUUUACUGAGGAUCAACAUGUAUGGUUUUUGGAAUUCUACAAGAAGCUGUGUGUAUUGGGCCUUCAGCACGAGAAUGGUCACAGUGAGACCUAUCCCCUUGAACUGGAAAGGAAAUAUGAAUCAGUUAGAAAAAAUUGUGCCUAUAACUUUCCAGCCAUGGUAUUAUUUGCUGAACCUAAAAACUUCCUUUCAGAGCUUUAUCCUACCUUUUCAAGCUUGUGUCAUGACCCUGAGAUUGCAGUCAGGCGCACUACAGCUAAUGGCUUCCAUGAAGUUGUUAAAUUGUUAGGCUCCAGUGUUCAUUUAAUACAGAAAGAACUGAUAGCACUGUUACAAGAUGAUUCAUUAGAGGUAUUAGAUGCACUAAUGGAUAAUCUCCAGGAAAUCCUAGAACUUGUCACAUCAAAAGGAGAGGGUGCUGGGUCUGAAAGUAAGCAAGUCAACGUCCCAGAUCUCAUUCCUGCACUAAAUGCAGCUGAGCAGAAAGCUGCCACCUCUCUGAAAUGGAGAAUCCAUGAGAAGCUGCUACAGAAGUAUUCCUGUCUGCCUCGAGUCAUAUCGAGUGACCAGAUCUACUUCAGGUUCUUGCAAAGGAUGUUUACAAUAAUUACAACCAACAAUGUUCUCCCUGUGCAAAGACAGUCUGCCAGAACACUGUGUGUCUUCCUGCGCUACAAUCGCAAACAGGAGCAGAGGCAGGAGGUAAUCAGUAAACUGCUUGACCAACUAGGGCAGGGUAGAAGUUACUGGAACAGGCUGCGUUUCCUCGACAUUUGUGAAAUUGUAAUGGAGCUUUUUUCAAAGUCAUACUUCUGUAAAUACUUCUUUGUUCCUGCUCUGGAGCUGGUAAAUGAUCCUGUUGCAAAUGUAAGGUUUAAGCUGUGCAACAUGCUGCCAAAACUGAAGUCAGCCAUCAGACUGCCUACAGAUAAACACCUGCUUCAGCAGUUGGAGUAUUGUGUGAGGAAACUCCUUUGUCGUGAGAAAGACAAGGACGUGAUGGCUGUAGUCAGAAAAACCGUGUUGGAGUUGGACAAAAUGGAUAUCACAGAACCAUAUCAAAAACGACAUGAAAAAGACCUGCUAGAUCAGAAGAAAGAGAAAGAGGAGAAUCUUCUGAUAGAGAUGGAGCAGCUGGAAAAGCAACAAACUGAAGGAAAAUCGAGCAGUGAAAAACUUGGAGAGAGGAAACGUAAAGAAGUAAAGAAGUCUAAACUAAGUCGCAGCAGAUCCCUCAGCUGCAAUCCUUCCCCUCCAAAGCUGAGUGCAGCAGAAAAAUCUUUGAAAUCAACAUCUAGCACCAGCCCGGUAACAGCAAAGAGCUCUCUGCAGCACAUUAAUGAUGACUUGCUCAGAAGCCAUCAUUUCAGUGUGGCAUCCACGUCGACCGCCCCUUCAGCCUCAGUGCCAGUGUUAAUCCGCAGCAACACAACCGGCAAUGGGAACAAAGACACGAGGAAGAUAAACAUGAGAUCAAAAAGGUCUAUCCCUUAGAGAUUUAGUGGCAAGGGAAGGGCCAGGACUCCAGAACAAGCCAGCACAACUUCCUACAGACUUUAACAAUCAAGAGAAUUGUACAAGAGAUGCCAUGGCUCUCAAAGAACUGAUUGCUUGACACAAGGUUUUAUUGAAACAAAAGGAAAAAAAAAACACUAUGGAUCUUUAAUACACAGUUGUCAAGGAAAAUGUAUUUGUUAUAAAUAUUUCUUUUCCAGCUAAGGAAUAACGAGAUUGAUAUCUACAUUCUUCUUCAUUCAGUCAGUCAGUGUGUUUUUGACAAACAAUAGUUUUCCUCUAUCCUGUUUUGUCAAUAUUAUUGACGUUGUCCAUUUCUCACUUUAAAAAAAGUUGCAAGAAUUGUAUAUGUCUGAAUUGUCAUACAUAUUUUUUAUUUUUUAUUUCAGAAAAUAGCAUGCUUUGCAACUGUCUUCUAUGGCAAAUACUUUUUAUUUUCUUUGUAAGCCAGGAAUAUUCUAUGGAGAUCUUCAUGCAUAAAUUGAAAUUGUAUUUUGAGUUAUUUAAAAUUCAUAUGUAGCCUGCUAUAUACUCUUACGCAAAUAAAACUGUGCCUGUUGUUAUACAGUGAACCAAGCCAACAUAUCUUUUGAUCACUUGGAUACAUUUAGUGUUUUCUCACAUGCUAAGUUUUAAAAGAAGAAAUUAAAUAUAUCUCCUUUUUUAUAACUUGUGUGAUUGAAUGGUUUAAAACGUUUCUGAAUUACUUAUUGAAUUCAAUAUGAUGUUGUUUUCACCAUACAAUGAUCUUCAGCUUCUCCAUCAUCAAUUGUAUCUUGUACACUCCAUUUGUCGUUUUCUGUUUAUGAGGAUUCCAGUUCUGUAUUUAGCAAUAUUGGAGACUGAUUUGGUUGAGUGCACUAUACAAUCCUGUACAUAGUCUCUGGUUUUAUCCACCGUUAUCACCGUUCAUAGCUAAAUUAUACAAAACAAAAGAAAAGGAUGCAAAAACAAUCAUCAUACCUGACGUGCACCUAAACAAAAACUUAUGAUAUAAUAGCAACCUGAUUAUGUACUGUACUGUGGGGACUGUCAGUUCUCUAAAUAAAACCAAUCCCCGUCACUCAGAUAGUAGACAUCACAUUAACAAGUUUCUAGAAUCAUUUUGUUAAUUUUAUUGGGAAAAAGUCACAGUACAUGCAUGUUUUGCUCGGCCACACUGCAGGUGUUUGAUAAAAAGAAAAAAAAAAAGAUU